CGAGAACAUGUGGCUCCGCCACUAUUUGUCAUAUGAUUUUGAAUUAUUCAGACUCCAAUAUUGAUAUCGGACAUCACGCUUGAAAACAAAAAAAAAUCAUAGUGAAGUGAACCCCAUGACUGUCUUGUCUUAUCCACCAAAAAAUCCAUAAAAUCAAAACCUCAUCUUUUUAUCUUCGCUUCUUUACUACAAAAAUAUGUCAGUUUCUUCCUUUUCUACAUCUUCUUCACUUCAUCACUUCCAAUCACAUUUCUUUAGCUACUAACAACUUCAAGAAUACGUCGUGCAUGGCGGGAGCUUUAGUGCAUGGAACUGUGCUUUUUUCUGAGGAACUUGCAUUAUGUACUCCCAUAAAAUCCAAGAAAACCAAACCCCAUUUGCCUAUUUCUCCCAUUUUGUCUUCACUGAAACCAUCUUCAAGAUUACAGCUGCGUAUGAUAGAUUCUUAUGGUCCGACCCUUCCUCGAACCUCGUGCACAGCAGGAUUUUCUGAGGAACUUGCAUUCUUUCCCUCCAUAAAACUCAAGAAAACCAAACCCCAUUUGUCUAUUUCUCCCAUUUUGUCUUCCUUCAAUCGGUCUUCAAGAUUAUGGGUGCGUGCAGUAGAUUCCUGUGGUCCGACCCUUCCUCGAACCUCGUGCACAGCAGCAUUUUCUGAGGAAGUUGCAUUCUUUCCCUCCAUAAAACUCAAGAAAACCAAACCCCACUUGCCUAUUUCUCCCAUUUUGUCUUCCUUCAAUACAUCUUCAAGAUUACAGCUGCGUGCGAUAGAUUCUUGUGAUCCGAUCCUUCGUCGAACCCCGUGCAUAGCAGGAGCUAUAGUGCAUCGAACUGCUCCUUUUUCUGCUUCUGCAUUGUCUGAUGGAGCUGAUGAAGCUGCAUUGUCACUGGAAGAGGAGAGUGAAGAAGAAGAAGAUGAGGAGGAGAAAGAAGGAGAUGGUGGAGGUGUUGUUGAUGAGCCAAAGUCAAUUGAAGAUGGUAGAUUGUAUGUGGGUAAUUUACCAUUUUCAAUGACACCUUCUCAAUUAUCUGAAAUCUUUACUGAAGCUGGUCAAGUUGCUAAUGUUGAGGUCGUUUAUGAUAGAGUUACAGAUCGGAGUCGUGGAUUUGCAUUUGUUACAAUGGGAAGUGUCGAAGAAGCAAAGGAGGCAAUUCGGUUGUUUGAUCGAUCUCAAGUUGGAGGUCGUACGGUGAAGGUGAACUUCCCCGAGGUUCCGAGAGGAGGUGAAAGGGAAGUAAUGAGCGCAAAGAUGAGAAGCACUUAUCAAGGUUUUGUAGACAGCCCUCACAAACUAUACGUUUCGAAUCUUAGCUGGAAUCUCACUUCUCAAGGCCUGAGAGACGCUUUCGCUGACCAGCCAGGAUUCAUGAGUGCAAAAGUCAUCUACGACAGGGGCUCAGGAAGAUCUCGAGGUUUUGGUUUCAUUACAUUUUCUUCAGCUGAAGAAAUGAACAAUGCACUCGAUACCAUGAAUGAAGUGGAUGUUGAAGGACGACCCUUGCGACUAAAUGUGGCUGCGCAGAGAGCUCCAGUAUCUUCUCCGCCAGUAUUCGAAACAAGUCCUGGAAAUGAUUCUGAGGACGAUGAUAUACUCUCUAGUAUCAGUUCAUAACAUAAUCAGCAAUUUGAAGAGAUGUGUACUGUGUAGAGUUUUAUGUGCAUCGGAUACGUGCUUUUUCCAACUGAUGUAACCUUCUUGCAGCCCCUCCGCGUCUUUUUGGAACGUUAACUUAAUGCAGGUAACCUGUGUUACUACAUUGCCUGUACAUUUUCUUCAAAUGCAUAGUUAACAAAUAUUGUAUUUUGAUUGUAAUAUAUAACUCAUCAACAGAGGUAACUCUUUGUGACAA